AUGGUAAGUGGAACAAUUCCUCUCGCCCUCCGUAGAGGCGACACAAUAGCCUUCAUAUCACCUCCAGCACGCCUCAACCACGUCUUCCCGGCUCCCCUUGAACGCGCAAAGUCGCAUCUAGAACGCCUAGGCUACCGCGUCAAGGUCAUAUCCAACGACUCCGAACCUGUCACCUUCAGAGACUCAAACCUACAGCGAUGCGAAGAGAUCCACACUGCCUUCGCAGAUCAAUCAAUCAAAGCCAUCAUCUGCACCGUCGGUGGCAGUCACGCGAACGAGCUGUUACCACACUUAGACUACGGGCUCAUCAAAGCGAACCCGAAGAUCUUUUGCGGAUACUCUGAUAAUUAG